GACGAAAUGCAUUAAAAGAGAAAGCUCAUAACCGCUGUCAGCAUCUUCAAGAUUCCCACCGUUACCAAAUGUUCGAUAGAGAUGCAGAUGAAAUGCAGUCAUGGAUAUCAAGAAAACUUGAAAAUGCACCUGAUGAAAGUUACAAAGACUCCACGAAUUUGCAAACAAAGAUGCAGAAGCAUCAGAGUUUUGAGGCAGAAAUACAAGAGAACCAAUCCCGCGUUGAAGAUAUUAAAAAGACAGGUCAGGAUUUGUUAAAUGCAAACCACUACAACUCGCCAGAAAUAAGAGUAAAGAUUGGACAGUUGGAUGAAACUUGGUCUCAUCUCGUAAAUGCCAUGGGAGACAAGAAGAAAAAUUUAGAUCAAGCAAUUAGGCAACAACAGUUCGCUCGCAACAUAGAAGAUGUUGAGUUAUGGUUGAAUGAUGUUGAAUCUCAGAUAGCCUCAGAGGAUGUCGGUCGUGAUCUAAACGGUGUGAUGAACGUACAAAAGCGGCAUAACUUGCUUGAAUGUGAUGGAGCUGCUCAUCGUGAACGUAUAGAUGCAUUCAAAGUCCAUGCUGACACGCUUGCUGCAGAAAGUCAUUUCGACGCUCCUAUUAUCCAAGAAAAACAAAGACAGUUAGCCCAACGUUACCAUGACCUGCAAAUCCCUCUAAGUCAACGUCGUGAAAAGUUAAGAGAUGCCCUUCCCUCGGACACAUCUUCGCAGCUUGAAUAUGGUGACUAUGGUGAGCUGAUGAAGUUAUUAGUCGAUUGUUGUAAAGAUUUUAAAGCACAUUCGCUUAACCAAAUUGAAUCAGAAAUGUGGCAUCAGUAUGCUGAAAGCUUCACUACUGGCUCAGUAGCCACUCACAAAGAUGCCUUCAGGUUAUGGGUUAAAAAUAAGAACCCUGUUGUUGAAAAGUAUAUUGGGAUUAUAGAUUCAUACCGUGAUCCCUUUGGUUGUCGUGCAAGGUUUGAAUCAUUUGUCGCUGUUGUAAAUAGAUCAGUGUCUAAAAAAUUACAACGACUUGUGAAUAAUGCUGAGAGGUUGUUAACAAAUUUACCAUGGCCUUCUACAUUUGAAAAGGUUAAUUUCUUACAGCCAGACCUUACUAGUUUGGAUGUAGUUACGUUUGAAACUUCUGGAAUUCCUGUUGGAACUAAUAUUCCUAACUAUGAUGAUGUACGACAAGUUGAUGGAUUUAAAAAUGUUUCUUUGGAUAAUGUACUUAGUGUUCGUUUCAAGGAUCCUAAAACAGAAUUUCUACGUAAUGAAGACAAGCAAAUGUACGUGGAACAUGCUGAAAGUUCCUUUGAAUUACAAGUUGGACUUCAUGAACUGACGGGAUAUGGUUCAGGUAAACUGUUUCGGCGUGAUUGUUAUGGAAAACGAAAUUUCCACACGAAAACUACUGAGUAUGUCAUAAAUGGAGGUCCUGUAAAAGCUUGGUGUGAACCACGAGAAACGUAUGACAACAAGUUUUCAAACCUUUCAUCUGCAAUAGAUAAGUGUCGAGCUGAGUGCGUUGGAAUUUAUUUAUCUGAUUUACCUCUUGUUCUGGAGCAGUUCGGUUUGACUACCGACUGUGCUCAAGGCGAUGUCUCAGAUGUAGUCUGUAUUAAUUGGUUGUCAAUGAUUCCUUCAGUUGUAACUUCCAUGGAGUUUUAUUCUCCAGCAGAAAAUGUUGAUGACUUUGGAUCAUGGUGUCAAGCACAUUAUUGUGCUUGUUAUGCGAUUCUGCGAGUUUUGAUUGAAGCUGACGAUUCUAUGGGACGUACACAUAAAGUAUUCGGUGAGGACGAUGCAUCUGAUUUGUGUAUUUCCUUAGUUCCAAAAAGGCUUUUAACUGCGGCUCGUUCAGUAAUUGGUGAAUUCUUAAGAAAAUUACAAUAUUACAAAGGUAAAGAGAAUGCUAUGUAUGGAUAUGCUUUCUUCCAACACUAUAGUCAACUACUUCCAAAAUAUUUGAAUGAUUUGCUCUGGCAUAAAUGGCUACGUGGAUAUCUUCUGAUGCUGCAAACAAGAUCUAAGUGGUUGGAUAUAAAGCACAACCUACAACCUGAUGAUCUCGUCUUAGUUAACAGUGCUGACACACAGAGAGGUCUCUGGCGAAAGGCUAUAGUUAAGCAGAUGUACUAUGACCAAGACGGCCACGUCAGGACACUGUGUUUGAAAACUUCAACUCAAGAAGUGGAACAAGAUAUAAGAAGCGUACGAAAGGUCAACGUGGUGAUCGUUCGCGGGGAGUGUUAAUCGCGACAGUUAGAUAGAUUGUAUGAUAAACAGCCAAUCAAUAUUAUGUGACCUUUUUUGUCGCGAUUAUUGGUCAAUUUAUUGUAACUCUCACCACGUGAUGACCUUGAAUGUUCUUUUUUGUCUGUCACUUUACUUGUAUAUACAUGUAAUUAAUUGACUGUUCAUUUUGUCCGUACCUUCAAUGCUGUUCGGUACGUUUUUGUCCUAUUUUUGUGAUGACAAUGGAUUUGUACAUUUUUCUUGGUGUAAUUGUAUGGUUUAUUUUAUGUUUUAGAAACAGAUAAAGUUAAGUCAAGUCAUCCUGUUUUUAACUAUAGCUAAGCCGAGACUCUGUAUCGUCAGUAUUGAGGAGGGACUAAAUCUGUAGGACAAAAAUAAUCCUACACAGCCUUCGCUUAAAAGCAUCCACAGACGGUGACAUAGCUACAUCUGCCGGUGAGGAAUUCCUGGGACGGCAAACCCGCUGGGAAAAGAAGUGGGAGCGCACCCGGAUUUGGGCAGGACCCCUAGGUGACACAGACUGUUAUUCUCAGAACUACAUCGGUCUAGUGUCACUGAAGCCUGGGGACGUAUUAAAGCCUCAGUUUGCUGCCUCCUUAUGGUUCGAGGUCUGCUUUCACAGUAUCGGAUGUGUCCUCCCAUUUUCCCCUUGAUCUCAUUCAACCGUUGAAGUGCUAUGACCAACUGCUCUGGGGAGUUGAAUGUGACACUUAGAAGCUUUGGAGAGCUAAUCGGUGUGAGAUGAGUGGGUCGAGGUAGUCGGGAAAUGGAGAUGGCUCCAGAAGCGCCCAGGGCCAUCUGAGAUGACAGUCAUCUCCAUUGCUGGACGUCAUGCAUGUGUUUUUCACAAGCAGUGCCCGUUUCCAGCUCCGGAACACCGUGUACCACAAUAGAGUAGAAGUCAUCGGUUCCGGUGACUCCCUCGCCAUUUGUCUGAUAGCCCAUGGUCUAUCUUGUUUCACCCUUAUGUUCGAACUUCUGUCGACGGCUAGUACCUGAGCCAUCAAUAGUACCUUUUCGGCCUCUUCGGCAGAGUCCAGUGUAACCCUUAAUGGAGGUGGCUUACCCUGAGGCGUGUGGACACCCCUGCACAGCCUGCACAAUUUCACUGAACUAGUUUUCAGACCUAAUUUAUUGCACAGGUUGGACCACUGUUCCUGAUCAAACAUAGCCCGCUGUUCAAGCAAGCUGUCCUUUCUCACAGGUACGUUAAAGAGGAUGAGAGAAUUAGACCGAUUAACCUCAGACUUAGGUUUGGCCUUUGGCUUCUUGUAUUCCUUUGCUGCAUCAGCAACUUUUGGCUUCAUCAGGUUCUGACCAGCCUUUGUUGUGUUGCCGAGCUUGCUUGUGGAUGCAAAUGGUACUUUUCUAAUUCUCUCUUCCCUUGAUUUUGUGGGUCCAACCUUUUGAAUCUUCACCUAAUGAAAAUUGGCAUUUUCACUCAGUAGGACUGGAGUGUCCUUCUUAGUGUCUGUGCCAAGUUUUAGCAGUGUGGUGUUAGCAGGUGGGGAGCUGCAUAAGACUUUGUUGGGACACAAGAGCGACUUGUUGUUUCUGCUAUCCGCAGACACGCUCUGUGGGACUUUGCCAGGGUGACAAAGUGGACAGAUGUACCAAAACCACGGGCACGGGUUAUUUCUCAUAAACUCGUAGUAUGCAUUCGGCACCUCUUUAUCACAAUGGUAGUGCACCUACCGUUUGCGAAAAU